CAUUUCACAAAAUUGAGAUCAAAGACAUCAUGACUGUGACGGAGAAGAAGACGCUGUGCAUGAACCCUGGCCCCAUCGCCUUUGAAAAGGAUGUGUUGGACGCGUUUGCCCACGAGGGCAUUUCCCACGUCGACCCGUACUUCAUCGACGUGUUUGGCAACACGUUGGAGAACUUGCGCAAGGUGUUCCUCGCGCAAGAUGGCCAGCCGCUCGUGGUGACGGGGUCCGGGACAUUGGGUUGGGACAUGGUCGCGUCCAACUUGCUCGAAGUUGGCGACGACGUCCUUGUCAUCAACACCGGGUAUUUCGGCGACCAUUUCGGGGACUGUUUAACUCAAUAUGGCGCCACCGUCACGCAUUUGCGAUCGCCCGUGGUUGGAAGUCGUCCAUCGGUUGCCGACUUGACCAAAACUCUCUCAUCCACCCAAUUCAAAGCUGUCACAAUCACCCAUGUCGACACAUCCACGGGGGUGCUCGCCAGUGUCGCAGACUACACGGCGGCCAUCCGCGCCGCCCAGCCGGACGCGCUCGUUAUCGUCGACAGCGUCUGCGCCCUCGGCGGCGAAGAGCUCCGCAUGAAGGCAUGGGAUGUGGAUGUGGUGCUGACUGGGUCGCAGAAGUGCUUGGGGGUGCCGGCGGGGCUCAGCAUCCUUGUGAUUCGCCCCCGCGCACUCAAAGUGCACGAGAAGCUGAGCGCCGCCAAGCCAAAGUACUACUGCGACUGGACAAAUUGGCUUGCGAUCAUGAAGAAUUACGAAGCGCGCCGCCCUUCAUAUUUUGCAACGCCCGCCGUGAACCACGUGUUGGCCUUGCACAAAUCGCUCGAGAUUUUGCUGGCCAACGGGGGCAUCGAAGCGCGCUUUGAAGAACAUCGUGUGGUCUCCACCGCGAUUAAAGCUGCGAUUGAAUCGUGGGGCGUUGGCUUUGUCCCUAUCGAAGGGGUUGCAGCCAACACGAUGACAUGCGUGCGCUUCCCCAAGGGCAUCUCAGGGCCAGACUUGUUACCCAAGGUGUAUGCGCGAGGGGUGUCGUUGGCUGGUGGGCUGCACAAGGAUAUCAAGACGGAGUACUUCCGCAUCGGACACAUGGGGCCCAGCACCCGCCGGGCGGACCAUGCGAUUCAGACGGUGGCGGCCAUCGAAGCUGCGUUGAUUGAGUGUGGGUAUGCAAUCCCGGCGCCUGGUCAAGCAGUGCAGGGACUGAAAGCGGCGCUGAAGGGAAAGAUUCCGCUCGAGGCUGGCGGCGUCUCCAAGACCAAGGCCGACUGCGGCUGCUGCAUCGUGCCCGUCAAGUGUCAAUUUCUCACGCUUGGCAUCGUGGCCCUGUCCUUUGGAGUGGGCUACCUCCUCUCCGGCCGUCGUCGCUAGAAAGCCGUCAAUAUGCAUGAACAAACAGCUAUAUUGUAAAUACAUAUGACCAAUUGGGCUUGAACGAUGACUACAUAGCCAAGCUUUA